AGCGGAGAGAGGAGCCGUGACAGCUCGACUCUCUGCCCGCCACAGACCGGCGACACCCCCCGCUGACUCCCACCCGAACCAACCUCCACCCGGGCUGGGACAACCAUAGAGACACGGCGAUGUGUUGCUGGUUUAUUUGAGAUCCACACGCCGGAGUGUCACGACCAGCAGCAGCUGUGGAGGAUCACCAGUGAAGAUGUCUCUGAUACCGGUCGUACCAGAGAACCACGGCCAUGUGCUGGCAGAGUUUGACUGUCUGGAUCAGCUUCUGUCUGCGCUACGUUUAGACUCCGGCAGGCUCAAGUGUACCUGCCUGGCUGUGUCGAGGAAGUGGUUGGCAUUGGGAACAUCAUCAGGAGGGUUGCACCUGAUUCAGAAGGAGGGUUGGAAACAGAGGAUCAUCCUCUCUCACAAGGAAGGAUCCAUCUGUCAGGUGGCGUGUUGCCCGCACGAUGAAGAUUUCAUUGCCGUUGCGACAAGUCAGGGUCUGGUGGUGGUGUGGGAGCUGCAGCUGGAGCGGCGAGGUCGACCAGAGAGAGUCUGCGUGUCCUGGGAGCACAGAGGUCAGGCCAUCACUGCACUCUGCUGGGACACGGGCGCACUCAGAGUUUUUGUCGGGGACUCGGGAGGCAAGGUGUCCUUUCUGCGUGCAGGAUCCUCCAAGCUGGGAAAGGGGUCAGCAUUUGUUAUCUUCCCUGUUCAGACCGUCACCACGGUCGACUCAAGGGUGGUUCAGCUCGGGUACCAAGAUGGCCGCCUGCUUGUAUCUUCUCUCAGCCGCUGCUACCUCUGCGACACAGAGAAGGAGAAGUUCUGGCGUGUGGGAAACAAGGAGCGUGAUGGGGAGUAUGGAGCUUGCUUUUUCCCCCAGAAUAAGGGACAAUUAGUUGGUCAGCCACCCCUGCUCUACUGCGCCCGGCCAGGCUCGCGAAUAUGGGAGGCUAGUUUUCAUGGCGAGGUUCUGAGCACCCAUCAGUUCAAACAGCCACUGGCCUGCCCCCCUCUACCUCUCAUCACUUACAGAAAUGAGCCACAUUACAGCCCAGUGCAGAAGAGCCCCCAGUCAAUUGCUUUUCCUAAACUGCUUUAUUUGGGAGAUCAAAAUCUACUGACCUGGACCGAUUCAGCUAUUUAUAUCUUCACCCCUCAGAAUGGACAAGUGCUUCUGUGGACUGAAGUCAAAGACCUGAUUGACAUGGCAGUCUACCGCAACGAGCUCUUCUGUCUCCAUGGCAGCGGGCGUCUGUCCCACCUCUCCCUGUUGUCUGCAGAGCGCUGUGUCGAGCGUCUACUGCGGAGGGAGUCCUGGCCACUUGCUGCUGCCGUCUGCUGUAUGUUUCAGCACGCAAUCACCACCAGCAAGGCCAGGAAAUCCAUUCCCAUCGACCGCCUUGAACAUCUCAGGUCCCAGCUCAAUGCCACCACUCACCUGGAGCUCAGCGGCCAGCUGGAGGAAGUCAUCACGAAACUGGAGCCUCUGGACUCCGCCUCCAGCAGCCGCAGAAGCAGCAUCUCCUCACAUGAGAGCUUCAACGUUCUCGACUGUGGAAUCUAUCGUGUGAUUAGCCGCAGAGGAAGUCAGUCAGACGAGGAGACAAGCUCACUUAUCAAUCAGUCCACGUCGGAGGAGGAGAGACUCAAAGAGUUCAGCUUUGUCCAGGAGGACGAUCAAGUGGAUCAAGAUCCACAGAGCGGCGAGCGUCCGGAGGCUGAGCGAUCUGACCAAGGCAUGCAGUUCCAUCUCCCCCUUUCAUUCCGCCCAAAACCACCUCGCAUUGCACUGCAGGCCGUCAAAGACAGUGUUUCUAGUUUUGUCAAGAAGACGACAGAGAAGAUCAACACCCUCCAGAUGAACUCUGAACUCUGGCAGCGACCUGAGUUCAGAGAGGGAGGACAGUCAGAUGUGUCCGCCACCGCAGCUCUUUACUCAGAAGAAAUGGAAAAUGAACUUUAUGAUGAAAUGCCUAAUACAGAGACAGACAUGCAGGAACUUCGAUCAGCAACAGAGCGAGCUAUCUCCCAGAUCCAAGAUCCCUUGGUGCUGCUCGAUCCAGUCUGCCUGGGUGAAACGCUGCUGGAGUGGCUGCCGGUGCUGGAGCGAAUCCUCGGACCUGCAGAGCUCGGGUCGUCUGCUGUCAGUGGCUCAAACCCGGAUGGAGCAGGACAGGAGAGGGAUUAUCUGAACUCGUGCUGCUCUUCAGGAGAAGCACCAGAUUGUGGCACAGAGGAAAAGAAUGAGGAGUCGCCUGAGGUCAGGGAGCGGGAGUACCGGUGUGACUCCACUGAGAAAGUGUCUGAGGUUCCUAACCUCUCAGAGCCUGUGCGAGUGGUGUCCCCCAAACCUGUGCCGCCUGAUCUCCUGGUUAAUCUCACUCAGCUGGCCACGUUAUACACAGAGCUGAGCUGCUUUAGAAAUCAGGAGAUGGAGCGAGCACCGGGAUGCAAAGCGUUCCUGCGCAGUUACUUCUUUCUGCUGGAUCAAGAGCGCAUCAGAAGAAUGUGUCUGUUAUGUUACCAGGAGCGGCCGGAGGUGCAGAGCUCCUUCACUGAGGCCAUGUUAGAUCUCACUAGGUCUUGUAAGGUGGUGGAGGUUAUUCAGAGAGGGGAUCUACUGCGAUCGCUGCGCAGUCUGAGAGAGCUGCAGCCCUGGAGCGCACCAGUUCUCCUCGCUCACCUGCACAGGUUAUAUGAGAAGCACGGGGAGGCGGCUGUACGCUCGUUUUCUCAGUUCUACCCUACAAUAACUCCUGCUGAUGUAAUGGCGUUGGCUCAGCAAAGCCACUUCCUGGCCUACCUGGAUAAUCUGGUCCAAUCCCGAACUGAGGAGCACAGGUUGUCGUUUUUGCAGUCCCUUCUUGAACCAGAAUCACUGAGGCAGGAUUGGCUUGAACUUGCACUUACCCAUGAUGCACCUCAACACUGUGAUACCCUAACUCCUGAUGGACAGCCCAGGUGGCAUUCACAUUGUUUCAGCUGGGGAUACGGACGCCUCCUGUCUCUGCUGAUUCGUCUUCCUGCAGACCUGUCCUCAAAGCAGAAGAUGGCAGAGACAUGCCGCAGUCACGGGUACUGGACGGGCUACCUCUUGCUCUGCUGUGAGCUGCAGCGUCGGGCAGAAGCCUUUUCCACAAUCUGUCAGCUGGAUGACAUCAGCCUGCUGGAGGAACCUGAGGGCGUUGAGCCGCAGACAUUGGACGAGUGGAAGCUCUUGAUCCGGUUGUCUCAGCAGUGCAGAAGCGAGACCGACUCAGAGCAGGUCCCAGGUGUGAACGGGAACAGUUGGUCCAACGGCUCGGCAGACUGCGGAGGAAAGACCAGCCUGGAGAACCUGACCCUGAUGCUGGCUCGGAAAGCCGGACCUGACCGAGCUCUGACUGUCCUGGAGGAGUGUGGCGUGCAGCUGGUCCUGAGUCCUCAAUCCAAACUGGUCUGUGAGCUGCUGAGGGUCACCGAGAAGAGGCAGAGGGCGAUGAUCCAGACGAUGCUGGAGCGCUGCGAUCGCUUCCUGUGGUCUCAGCAUGCCUGACUCCAGAUCCUGCGUGGACAGCAGCUAAACUAAACCAAACAAUGUAACUAACACUGUAUGUAAGUCUUCCCAAUAACUGCUGCUUAAUAAAUACACUGUGAUAUUUGCCAUUUUGUUCUAACUUAAUUUAACUGAAGACACUCGCAGCAGUGUUAUCUUUUCAACAUCUUUAUCAUGAUGAAUUUGUAAGAUAUCGAAAUACUGUUUCUUUAAUGCUUCAGAUUAAUUAGCAUGUACAGGAAAGAAAAAAAUUAUUGUAAAUACUGAAAUAUUCUAACCAAGUAAUUUAAUGUGAA